CCGUUUUCAGUUCCUGUCAACUUUCCCGUCGAUAACCCUGUUACUUUUGCAUAUGGAUUCGCCAACACUUUGCCAAGUCCAAUCUAUGAGACGUUUUAUGUGAAUACGAUGAGUGAAGUGGCGAACUCGUUCGGAUACUUUGGAGUGGUGAGAUUCGAGGUGCUCAAUGAAUCGACCGUCGCCUAUCAUUCGGAGAAGGACAUUUCGAGCUUCCGCAGCGCCGUUUAUAAUCAGUAUGGUUAUGGAGCUAUACCUGGAACUCCACUGAGUACGGAUUCUCAGGUUUUGGAAGCGCUGACAAGCGUCGCCAGUUCGAACAAAGUGUAUGAAAAUUCUCUAAUUGUCUUCUGUCUUGAUAAACUACCGAGAAGUCCUUCAUAUCGACAGUACGCCACAUUGGUCAGCAAGAAUGUAAAGACCGUGUUCCUGAUAGACAAGGCAUCGCUAACUCGAGAGCUCAACCUCAUGCGGUCACCGGUGCCUUUGAACGAAAUUGCCGCUGCCACUAACGGACACCUGAUUGUUAGUGAUCAACGAAUACUACGGAUUUCCAAA